UUUUCAGAGAAUGUUUUUGCUUCAUUACCACGUACAGUUCGCGGUCUCCCACUCGUUUUAAAUGUAACAGCUGAUGGAAAGAAAUUACUUUAUUGUAAUGGAAAUUCUGUUUAUAUUCGCUCAAUUGAAAACUGGAAUGAAUGUGAUAUGUAUACUGAACAUGCAACAGCAACAACAGUCGCUAAAUGCUCUCCUUCUGGUUUUUAUAUAGCAUCAGGUGAUCAGUCAGGAAAAAUACGUAUUUGGGAUGCAUCACAGUUAACGCACAUUCUUAAAGCUGAAUAUCCUAUACUUGCUGGUCCAGUGCGAGAUAUUUCAUGGUCGGAUGAUAGCAAGAGAAUCGCAGUUGUCGGUGAAGGUCGAGAUCGAUUUGGGCAUGUUUUUUUAUUCGAUACGGGCACGUCUAAUGGAAAUUUAUCUGGCCAAAGUCGCUCGACUUCAAGUGUCGACUUUCGGCCGGCUCGACCAUACCGAUUAAUCACUGGGUCUGAAGAUAAUACCAUCGCUAUUUUUGAGGGUCCACCUUUCAAAUUCAAAACUCUUUUUCACGAACAUGAACGUUUUGUUCACUGUGUGCGAUAUAAUCUGGAUGGUACGCUUUUUGCUAGUGCAGGAGCAGAUGGGAAGGUUAUAAUUUAUGAAGGCGUAGAGGGAAUGAAACAGGGUGAACUAGUUGACGUGGCCUGUAAAGGAGUUGCACAUGCUGGCAGUGUUUUUGGACUAUGUUGGUCGCCGGAUAAUCUAUAUAUUGCAACUGCAUCUGGGGAUAAAACAGUUAAAAUUUGGAAUGUCGCUUCAAGGCAACUGGAGAAAACUUUCAAAAUGGGCAAUGCGGUCGAAGACCAACAGUUAUCCAUAGUGUGGACAAAUAACGCUUUAAUUAGUGUUAGCCUAUCGGGUUUUAUAAAUUACUUAGAUCGUAAAAGUGAAAGCAUCGAACGAGUCAUCAGUGGUCAUAACAAGCCGAUCACGGCACUUGCUUUAUCUCCUGAUAAAUCUCUAGCUUUUACUGCCGAUUUUGAAGGCAAUAUUAGUGAGUUUUUGAUAUCAAUAACCGGGAUGAUCGUUUCUAAUCAUGGACAGUUAUCUACCAUUGCUUGGGAUGAUUUGAAAUUUCUUUUGAAUUUUUACCAGCUUUCAGGUGAUGUCCAUCCCAGUUUCAUCAAACUGGAGUCACAACCGCGUGGUAUUGCUGCUUCGGCAGAUUGUAGAAUAGUGGUUGUAGCUUGUCAAAAAUCAGUCGCAGUAUUUUUAGAUCAAAAAUGCGUUUUCACAAAUAAUAACAAAUAUGAAUCAACAUGUGUCGCAGUCACUCCUGAUGCUAAGCUGAUAGCAGUGGGGGGACAGGAUAACAGAGCGCAUAUUUACGAGUUUGCUAAUAACCAAUUGAUAAAUGUGAAAGAACUUUCGCAUUCUGGAGCGAUAACUUCAUUAUCAUGGGACUUCAACGGAAUGUUUCUAGUCGUAACUGAUGCAGUAAGAAAGGUAGUGCCAUAUUCAAUGAAGAAUGAUUUCGCAGUAGCCUCGGAAAAGGAUUGGACUUUUCAUUCUGGUCGUGUAAAUUGUUCAGCUUGGUCACCGAAUAAUCGACUUAUAGCAACGGGUGGGAUUGACACCAAUAUCAUCAUUUGGGAUUUGGAAAAAAGUGGCGAGCAUCCAAUUAUCAUUAAAGGUGCACACUCUAUGAGUCCAAUCAAUGCAUUAGCUUGGCUUGAUACCAAAAAGUUGCUUAGUGUUGGUCAAGAUUCAGUACUUAAAACGUGGAUUGUUAAUGUUUAA